AAAUCAUAGGUGGGGGAAAUGUCUGUACCAAGACUCCAAAAAAUAAACUUUGGGACAUAUGAUAAUUACAUCCCAGUCAGUGAAUUAAGUAAAAAAUCAUGGAAUCAGCAACAUUUUGCCCUGGUAUUUCCCAAACCACCACGGCCAGGAACAAGAAGGAGAUCAAAACCUUCCCAACUACAAGACAAAACAGUUCCUAGAUAUGAUGAAGACAAAUUAAGGGGAGCUCAUAAACCACCAUUAUGGAUGCACCGUUCUUUAAUGAGAAUUUCUGAGAGACCAUCUGUUUAUUUAGCUGCUAGGAGGCAGCCUCCACAGAAACCAGCUCGACACUCCAGGGAGGAUGCUAAAGAUGUAGCAAAACCUUUAUCUCCAUCAAUAAUUAAGAAAAGUAAGGAAGACAAGAAGGACAAAUCAGAUUCAGAAGCAGAGUCCACAGUUUCAGAGGAAAAACUUAGGAAAGGUUCAAAGAAAGAACCAGGAGCUAAAGAAGAGAAAGCAGAUGCAAAGAAAGAUGCCAAAAUAGAGAAAAAAGGUUCAAAGAAGGGCAAGGAGUCAGUUACAGAAUCUGAAGAUGAAAAAGCAGGUGCAAAAAAAGGUUCUAAAAAAUACAAGAAAGGUUCAAAGAAGGACAAAGACUCAGCUACAGAAUCAGAAGGUGAAAAAGGAGAUGAAAGGAAAGACUCUAAAGAAAAUAAGAAAGGGUUAAAGAAGGGCAAGGAGUCUGAUACAGAAACAGAAGGUGAAAAGGGAGAUGCAAAGAAAGAUUCAAAAAAAGAUAAGAAAGGUUCAAAGAAGGGCAAGGAGUCCAUUACAGAAUCAGAAGGUGAAAAAGGAGAUGCAAAGAAAGACUCUAAAGAAAAUAAGAAAGGGUCAAAGAAGGGCAAGGAGUCUGAUACAGAAACAGAAGGUGAAAAAGGAGAUGCAAAGAAAGAUUCCAAAAAAGAUAAGAAAGGUUCAAAGAAGGGCAGGGAGUCUGGUACAGAAUCAGAAGGUGAAAAAGGAGAUGCAAAGAAAGAUUCCAAAAAAGAUAAGCAAGGUUCAAAGAAGAGCAAGGAGUCCAUUACAGAACCAGAAGGUGAAAAGAAAGAUGGAAAGAAGGAUAAGAAAGGGAACAAGGAUUCAAAGAAACCUGGUGAGAAAGGAGAUGAAUCAAAGGACAAGAAAGAUUCAAAGAAGAAGGAGAGUAAAAAAGAUAAGAAAAAUGAAAAGCAGCCCAGUGAGGCAGAUAGUGAGUCAAAAGAUGCUGCCAAGAAAGAAAAGAAAGAUGCCAAGAAAGAGACUGACACAGAAUCUGCUGAGUCAAAGAAAGAUGCUAAGAGAGCAAAGAAAGAUGCCAAGAAGGGCAAGUAG